UUUCCGUGCGGCAUUCAGUCUCACGUUGAACUCUGCUGCUGUUUGUUGUCAGCCGGCUGGUGAAUUAACCCCAAAGCUCAGAAGCCAUCCGAUUUGGCCAACUGAGCCAACUCAGUCAGCCGAAGGACGAAGGACCACGACCACGACAAUUCGCGACGUGUUGUUAUAGACCAGAAACCAGAAACCAAAACUCAGAGGUCCACAAAGGUGUCCUGUGAUCGCGUGACGAUAAUUGUUUGUGUGUCGGGUCCUAAAAAAAUUAACGAAAGAAAAUAUAAAUUAUCAGCAAAGUUCGUUGAUCUCUGUGCGCGCUUUUCAAUUAUUUUCGCCUUUUUUUUUUUGUUUUUGUUUUGUUUGCCGGCACAACCAAGCACACCCAAACACACACACGCAUUAUGUGGUUAUGUUGGUGAUGAUGAUGAAAAAAUUCAAUAACAAGUGGAAUGCAACAAAUGCGAAUGAAAUGAAAAAUUUGUCCACACAAGUGUGAAAAACCGAAAAGUAAAAAUCAGAUAAAACUGAGAUAAUCAGCGAGUGAGCAAGGCAACGAACGAGGCGAAGCCGAAAAACCCAAUCAACCAAAUAAGCUGAGGGCCAAAGUGCUCCGAGAACGAACUUAUACUUGGAUCUAAAGUAACGAUUUUAGUCGACUCACUUUGGGUUAUCAGAUAAUUGAAUCACCGCUAAAUUAUAGAGGUGCGCAACUUGAAGUAAUGUGGUCUAGACUUGAAAAACCUAAAAAUGUGUGUAAAGUCUACCAAAACUUCCAGCUUUGGGAUGCGAUGCAGCUCUCUCUCUUUUAACCAAUUGAAGUUUGAUUGAUUGAUCUGCGGAGCAAGGACAAAACAGCGACCAAAUGCAAGAUGAAUCCGGAUCAACCGAUGCCAAUGCAAACCGGGGCGCCUCCGCCGCCGCCGCCCUCGCAGCUGACCGCUGCCCCGCCCACCGGCUCGAUGGCCACGUCCACAGCGCCGCCACACUACGGCAGCGGAAUGGGAAUCCAGAUGCCGCCCACCUCGUCCGCCGGCGGAACCGCCGGCAACUACGUGUCCAUCGGCAUCCUGCCCAGUAUGUCGCCCGCCCAGCUGCCCCCGCUCCUCCUGCCCGCCCCGCCGCCCGCGACGACGACCUUCAAGACCACGCCCCUGUUGCCCAUGCCCACGCUCGAGGACAUUGAGGUGGCCAACCAGACGGGCGGCCAAAGUGGUCAGGUUAUUGUAUCCUUGGCCCAAACUUCAAUGGCGCCACCGGGUAUUUUAAAGUAUCCCACGGCGAGUUAUGUGAACGAUUUGAUGGCGCCGCCGCCCACCAUGUCGCUGCCCCUCCCCCUGCCCAUGCCCCUCACCACGAUUGUCAGUACCGCCGGCAGCAACAACAUGAGCGCAAGCAACAACAGCAAUUGCGGUACGCUUAAAAGCAAUGCCAAACUUUUGCCGCUGCAGCUGAUGGCCACGCCCCCCAGCCGUAAGGAGGCGCAGGCGGUAUCGAUUCAGGCCCAAGCGCAGGUGCAACACCAAUUACAGCAGCAACACCAGCAGCAACAGCAACAGCAACAGCAGCAGCAACAGCAACAACAACAGCAGCAACGGCAAAGAAAGCGGCAGGGAUUUUGCUCCUGCUUUGGUUCAGGUGGCGGCAGAGGGGGAGGGGCAGGCGGAGAGUGUCCUGGUGAGACCGGAAAGACACCGCCCGGAUACGGAAGCAAGGACAACGGCAAGAAGAAGAAUCGCAAGGCCACCACGCAAACCGUCUGGUCCGCCCUCCUCACAAAUCUCGGCAUCUGCAUGCUGCUGCUCGCCUACACUUUGCUCGGCUCCUUCAUCUUCCUGACCAUCGAGAACGAGGACUCGGCCCUGCUGCAUCAGCAGCACACAUUGGCCAGCACCAAGCGCAACAUGGCUGGCUUGGGUAUCGGAAUCGGGAUCGGGAACAGUGUCUAUCAGCAGAGGACACCGCAGCAGCAGUCGCAGCAGCAAGGACAUCAGGCGGUACAGGGUCGUCCGGCGGACAAUGACACGGUCGCCGCCGCCGUCGCCGCCCAAGGAAUGCCGUCCGGAAAUGCCAACGAUUUCGUCUACGGCGUGGACGAUGCGGCAGACUUGGAGGCCGGCGGCAUGCCGCAGUUCGCCCUUUCGCCGGACACCUACGAUGUACGGCAGCGGACCAUCGAGAAUAUCUGGGACAUCACCGUCUCGCUCAACAUUCUCUACAAGGAGAACUGGACAAAAUUAGCCGCACUUGAAAUAGCCAAGUUUCAAGACCAAUUAAUCAAGAGACUGAACGAGGAUGUUAUGCUGCAAUUAUCGCACGACGAUGUGGCCAACGCCCCCUCCUCAUCCUCCUCGGGCGCCUCUGGUGUGCCGGGGGGCAACAAUCCGGCCACGGAAGCCGUGCUCCUUCACACACACUAUCACCAUCACCGCGCCGGAGGCGUUGGAGGCGUCGGGGGCGUGGCAGUGGGAGGGGGACCGCCGCAUGAGUGGAAUUUUGCCAAAGCGUUUUUGUAUUCGCUGACCGUUUUGACCACAAUUGGCUAUGGGAACGUUGCACCGCGGACGACGCUCGGAAGGAUCGUGACCCUGGCGUACGCCUUCUUUGGCAUCCCAUUGACCCUGGUCUAUCUGAGCAGCACGGGCAGCAUUUUGGCCCGGGUGGCCCGCGAGGUCUUCUCGAAGGCCCUGUGCUGCUGUCUUUGCUCGAAUUGCGGCUACUGCUGUUACGACGAGAAGCGGAUGGCCGAAAAGGAGCGCCGGAUGCGACGGAAGAGACAGCAGGAGGAGUUGCGCAAACAGCAGGCCGUGAUGCAGGAGCCGUAUUACGUGAGGGAUGUCUUUCAUACCACACCCGAGAAGGACGCGGUGGGUGGUGGAGCUCCGCCACCAAAUGCUGGCGGACCUGGAGGAGGAUCUGCUGGUGGUGGAGGUUUGGCCGACAUCGACUCGCUUAGUGCCAGCGAAUCAAGGGGCUCCAUGCAUGGCCUCAGUAUCCUGGCUCCCAUUCUCCUCUGCUUCUCCAUGAUGAUCAUCUAUAUUGUUUUCGGCGCCGCCGUCUUGUAUCGCUUGGAGAACUGGCCCAUUCUGGAUGGCAUAUACUUUUGCUUCAUGAGCCUGUCCACGAUUGGUUUUGGCGAUAUGUUGCCGGGAUUGCGUAGGGAAUCGAAUGCCACCACCUGGUUUUGUUCGGUUUACAUAAUGUCGGGCAUGACCCUAACGGCCAUGUGCUUCAAUGUCAUCCACGAGGAGAUUGUCCAUCGGAUUCGCAUAGUGGUGGAGUUCAAGAAGUCGAGUGCUGCGAAUUCCGGCGGCAGUGUGUCGGGUGGACCAGGUGGUGCCGGCGGGGCCGGUGGCUCGAUGAUGGAUGUGGCGCACGAGGAGAGCGGUCAGUACUAUGUGCCAGCAUCUUGACACUACGAGAAGCGAGGGCAUCUCUACCAGCGCAACCCCACCGAAGAGACCCUGGUGACAGACACACCCACAUCGCUGGUACUGAAGGACUAUGUUAACCACGAGCUGGUGCCCAUCCUCACAAUGGAUCCGAAUGGCGCCCGCCUGGCCCCCGCCCCCGCCU